CGAAGAAGGAACCUGAGCAGGAAGAGCGGCUGUAGGCGGCGGCGAGGCAGCCCCCGGCUGAGUUGGUGGCGGAGACGGCGACGGGGACGGCUCUCGACCUUCGAGAGCAGGAUGCAGGUCCGCAUCGGGCUGACGUUGCUGCUCUGCGCCGUGCUCCUGGGCUCGGCGGCCGCGUCCUCGGAUGACGAAACUAACCAGGAAGAAUCCUUAGAUUCUAAGAGUUCUUUGCCAGCAGAUGAGCCGGUAAAGGACCACACCGCCACAGGCAAAGUAGUUGCUGGCCAGCUAUUUGUUGAUUCUGAGGAAUCAGAUGCGGAACCUCCUCUACAGGAUGAGGAAGACAACUCCAAGGCUCAGGAGGAAGUCAGUGUCACCGAAGAGAUCAGCUUUUUAGAGUCUCCGAAUCCAAGCAGCAAGAACUUUGAAGAACCAAAGAGAGUGCAAAAGCCAGUCUUGACUGCCAUUGAAGGUACGGCGCAUGGGGAGCCUUGUCACUUCCCUUUCCUUUUCCUGGAUAAGGAAUAUGACGAGUGCACAUCAGACGGGAGGGAAGAUGGCAGACUGUGGUGUGCCACAACCUAUGACUACAAGACAGAUGAGAAGUGGGGCUUCUGCGAAACUGAAGAAGAGGCUGCUAAAAGACGACAGAUGCAGGAAGCAGAGAUGAUUUAUCAGAGUGGGAUGAAGAUACUGAAUGGAAGCAAUAGGAAGAGCCAAAAGAGAGAAGCAUAUCGGUACCUUCAAAAGGCAGCAGGAAUGAAUCACACCAAAGCCCUGGAGAGAGUGUCCUACGCUCUCUUGUUUGGUGAUUACCUCACGCAGAAUAUCCAGGCAGCUAAAGAGAUGUUUGAGAAACUGACUGAGGAAGGCUCUCCCAAAGGGCAAACUGCUCUUGGCUUCCUCUACGCCUCUGGACUUGGUGUUAAUUCAAGUCAGGCAAAGGCUCUUGUAUAUUAUACUUUUGGAGCUCUUGGAGGCAAUCUGAUAGCCCAUAUGGUUUUGGGUUACCGCUACUGGGCUGGCAUCGGAGUCCUCCAGAGUUGUGAGUCAGCACUGACCCAUUAUCGUCUUGUUGCCAAUCAUGUUGCUAGUGAUAUCUCCCUAACUGGAGGCUCUGUAGUCCAGAGAAUACGGCUGCCUGAUGAAGUGGAAAACCCAGGAAUGAACAGUGGAAUGCUGGAAGAAGAUUUGAUUCAGUAUUACCAGUUCCUAGCUGAGAAGGGCGAUGUUCAAGCACAGGUUGGUCUGGGACAACUGCAUCUGCAUGGAGGCCGGGGAGUAGAACAGAAUCACCAGAGAGCGUUUGACUACUUCAACUUAGCAGCAAAUGCUGGCAAUUCCCAUGCUAUGGCCUUCCUGGGAAAGAUGUAUUCUGAAGGGAGUGAUAUCGUGCCUCAGAGUAACGAGACAGCACUUCACUACUUUAAGAAAGCUGCUGACAUGGGCAACCCAGUGGGACAGAGCGGGCUUGGAAUGGCCUACCUCUACGGAAGAGGAGUUCAAGUUAAUUAUGACCUGGCACUCAAGUAUUUCCAGAAAGCUGCUGAACAAGGCUGGGUGGAUGGGCAGCUGCAGCUUGGCUCCAUGUACUAUAAUGGCAUUGGAGUCAAGAGAGAUUAUAAGCAGGCUUUGAAGUAUUUUAAUUUAGCUUCUCAAGGAGGCCAUAUCUUAGCUUUCUAUAACCUAGCGCAGAUGCAUGCCAGUGGCACAGGGGUGAUGCGAUCCUGUCACACUGCAGUGGAGUUGUUUAAGAACGUGUGUGAGCGAGGCCGCUGGUCAGAGAGGCUUAUGACUGCCUACAACAGCUAUAAAGACGGAGACUACAAUGCUGCAGUGAUCCAGUACCUCCUGCUGGCUGAACAGGGCUACGAAGUGGCACAGAGCAAUGCAGCCUUCAUCCUUGACCAGAGGGAAGCAACCAUCGUAGGUGAGAAUGAAACUUACCCCAGAGCUUUGCUACAUUGGAAUAGGGCCGCCUCACAAGGUUAUACUGUGGCUAGAAUUAAACUUGGAGACUAUCAUUUCUAUGGAUUUGGCACUGAUGUAGAUUAUGAGACUGCAUUUAUUCAUUACCGCCUGGCUUCUGAGCAGCAGCACAGUGCCCAAGCUAUGUUUAACCUUGGGUACAUGCAUGAAAAGGGCCUCGGCAUUAAGCAGGAUAUUCACCUUGCAAAACGUUUUUAUGACAUGGCAGCCGAAGCCAGCCCAGAUGCACAAGUACCCGUGUUCCUUGCGCUCUGCAAAUUAGGUGUCGUCUAUUUCUUACAAUAUAUACGGGAAGCAAAUCUUCGAGAUCUGUUCACGCAACUGGAUAUGGACCAGCUUUUGGGACCUGAGUGGGACCUUUACCUCAUGACCAUCAUUGCUCUGCUCUUGGGUACAGUCAUAGCUUACAGGCAGAGACAGCACCAGGACAUGCCAGUACCCAGGCCCCCAGGGCCACGGCCAGCCCCUCCCCAGCAGGAAGGACCACCAGAGCAGCAGCCACCACAGUAGCAGCCACACCCACCUGGGUCCAUGACCACUAGGGAGCUGCUCACUGAACACUUGCAUUUGAUAUAGGGCUCUGGACGGAGGCCACCUCCUGGAAGAGGCGUGAGGAAGUGUUGAGUCCCAGAAGCUGCUUAGAACCUGCUGCCUUCUUUUUCAGGGACGAGUAGCUCUCGCCAGAGCUACAGUGAAUGUUUGUUUCAGUGCCAUAUGGAAUGACAACUCUCAGUGGCUUUCCUUUUUUUCCUUCUUUUUCUCUCUUUCUUCUGGAAACAUACACAAGACACUCAAGUCAUGUCUACUGUACCCACCCAUCUUUCCUGAGAGAGUCCUUGUAUCAUCCUGUCAAUAUACAUAAGUUCUUACAGCAAUGUUUUUUAAGAUCCUAAGCAUUGACAACCUGGGAAAGCCCAGGUAGUUGCAAGUUUAACUGCAAAAACAUGCUUAAGUCUGAGAAUAGAACUUGCCUUUAAGUUAAAAAAAAAAACAAGCCAAACAGGACAUCGUUAGGCAUUUGGGAAAUGCACUCACUCAGAAAGUUUACUGGUCUAUAUACAAGUACAUAUGUUUGACACUUUCUAUUUUAAAAGGGAUUAUUGAGUGGUUUCCUGUACUGGUGACUGUGACACUUCAUAGCAGACUUCUCUUCCUUGAAGACUGAAAGGCUUUGCUAAAGAACUUUUUAUGAACCUCCCUUCCUUGUAACGGACUAGAAGGAAAGCUCAGUGAACUGACUCGUGCACUCACAUAUGAACUUGCCCCAAUUACUUACUCAGUGUGAUUGGCUUGUUUGAGUGUGCAGAGCCCUGGUCCAGAAGCCAGAGGCUGGACUAAUGGAGAGUUAG